AUGUCAAGCCUGGAGGAUUUUUCCAAUCAGCUGUCGUCAUUGCCAAAUUGGGGGAAGGCCGCUGUAGCUGGUGGUUUAGCCUUGAUAAUUUAUAUUCCCUAUAAAUGGCUAAUGACAAAGCCAAGGAAAAGUCCGAUAAAGGAGGACUGGAAGAGCGGAGUUGUCUAUCUGUAUCAAUUCCCACGAACGAAAAUUGUGCCAAGUUUUUCGGCACCGUGUCUAAAAGUCGAGACAUGGCUUCGCAUGGCUGAAAUUCCAUAUGAGAACAUUCCAUGCUUGCUGUCGCCACGAUCGAAAGAGGGAACGUUACCAUUUAUCGAAUAUGAAGGUGUCGAGUAUCCAGAUUCAUCGUUCAUCAUUCGGUUCAUCAUGGACAUCAAACUCGAAGAUCAUCUUCACGAUGAACAAAAAGCCUUAUCACGUGCCUUUGAAGAAAUGGCGCAUGAUUCGUUGGCGAAAUCACAUCAAAUAUUCAGAUUGGAAAAUGUAUCACAGUUUUUACACAGAAAAUUUGCUUUGGCUUGUUUUCCAAUUUUUUUUUAUUGCCAUCGUCGACCUUCUCAGGUAUCCUCAAUGUUAUCUUGGUCAGCCAUGGGAAAACACAGCCGUGAAGAGCAAAUAAAUAUUGGAAGCGAUGACCUUCGUUCGAUAAGCAAAUUCUUGGGUACAAAACACUAUUUCACUGGAUUUAAACCAACACGAAUUGACGCCACAUUAUUUGCAUUCUUGGCGCAGAUCGUAUAUGCUCCUUACGAGAACGAUCAUCUCAACGUCAUCAAGAAUGAGUGUCCAAAUCUGAUCGAAUACGUAGAACGUAUUAAGAACAGCAGUGCUAGGUAA